UAAUUUAUAAACUCAUAAUAAACAUCUUGAAUCAAAUCAAAUCUUGCUCCUCUCCUUCUCUUCUCUGCUCUCUCUUCCACCGAAUUCCUCAAUUUAUAUAUAUUUUAAUAUAUAUAUAUAUAUAUACACACAUAUAUAUAUAUAUACAAGUUGGUCCCCUCAGUUCCAGUCCCAUUCAAUCAUUUCAGUUGAGGUUCAGAUCUGAGACACGCACUCACACUGCAAUGACAGAAAAAGAGAAGGUGACGAUAAUGGUGCUGAAGGUGGACCUUCAGUGUCACAAAUGCUAUAAGAAGGUCAAAAAAGUUCUCUGCAAAUUCCCUCAAAUACGAGACCAGACAUACGACGAGAAGCAAAACCAGGUGGUCAUCAAAGUGGUAUGCUGCAGUCCAGAGAAGAUAAGGGACAGGAUAUGCUGCAAAGGUGGGGGAGCCAUCAAGAGCAUUGAGAUCAAAGAGCCUGAGAAGCCCAAACCAUCGUCGUCAGGGAAACCCAAGGAGCCAGAAAAGCCUAAACAGCCUGAGAAGCCUAAAGAGCCCGAAAAGCCCAAGGAUCCCGAGAAACCCAAAGAGCCUGAGAAGCCUAAAGAGCCCGAAAAGCCCAAGGAGCCCCAGAAACCCAAAGAGCCUGAGAAGCCCAAAGAGCCCGAGAAACCCAAAAAUCCACCACCAAACCCUGGGCCUGCGCCUGUUCCUGUAGGCCACCCAAUGCUUUACCCAGUGAACGUGAACGCAUGCUGUAUGGAUUGUUACCAUGGGCAUCCUGGUGGGCCAUGCCAGACUGGCUAUGGCGGAGUAAUGGUUACUACGGAAGGCCUGUAUACGACAGUUAUGGUGGUGGCAGGAGCUACAAUACUAACUAUUGUGUUGCCCGCUCUGACUGUUUCAGUGAAGAAAAUCCCCAAGGCUGCACAGUCAUGUGACUGGGAAUAUGGUGCACUGCGGAAUAUUGUUGAGGUCAAGUUCAUUUGGGUUGGGAGUUUCAGGGACAUAAAUUAUAUAUAUGUAAAUCAUCUUCAAUCUUGGGCCAUUUUAUGUUUAAUUAGCAGCAGUCCAGUCUCCAGUGUUGGUGUUGGUUUAGUUUAUAGGAGAAAAAAAGUGGUCAAUAAAGUUGGUUGUUGAUGGUGGUGAAGGACUAAGUCACAAUCAGGUUAUUAUUCAUUGUAUCUACAUUACAUGAAGAUGAAUGAAGUUGCUGCUGCUACAA